UCAUCUACUCCACAGUUGCAUCAAAUAAAUAUGUCUAAGGAAGCUAAUCUUCAUAAGCAGAAUCCUGGAUUCAGUUCAUCAGAAUGUUACAGUCCAUCUUUAGGUAGUGACACUGCAUCAUUAACGGAGAAAAAACUUAACUCCUCAUAUACAGAUUUGACACGUGGUAAAAUACCUAUAACACACCAAAAACAUUUGGAUUCUGAAGCUGGAAGCCGCACAAAUCUAAGUGUAGCCAGUGGGGUAUAUCCUGAUAGCAUACAAAAUCCCACAAAAUUUAACUCAGUUAAAGUUGUAAAUGUUCAAGACCGACGAAAAAGCAGUUCUCUGAAUGAAUUCGAUAUUAUUCGUAUGUACGAUUAUGAAGCUAAACCUUUAUCAAUGAUAAAUGAAACCGAUGCCAGUAAGGCUCGUGCAAAGGGUCUUAAUCCAGCACAGAGUUUUAGGUCGCUGUUUCACAUCGGGCUAGAUAAAAAUCAUGCCAGCCAUGCAUCCACCCUAAGUAUAUACAGCGAACGCGAAUCAAGUUACGCGCAUGGCAUUCAGAUAUCUGGAGAAAUGCUUAUGGCUGUGAUUUAUGAUGAUGCAUAUAAUACACUAAGAAUCAGUAUCAAACAAGCACGUAACCUAGCGAUAGCAGAUAGAAAACGCAACAUAACCAAUCCCUAUGUGAAAUGCUAUUUACUACCAGAUCGAACCAAGGGUAGCAAGCGAAAAACAUCGUACAAAAAAGCAACAUGUAAUCCAGUUUAUGAUGAAGAAUUUAAAUAUCAUAUACUAAAACAGGAUCUAACAUUGCGUACACUCCAAGUAUCUGUUUGGCAUCAUAAUGCAUUGGGUUUGAAUUUAUUUCUGGGUGAGAUUUUUUUACCGCUGACUUUCCAUCAGUUUGACCAAGCCUCCCAUUGGUAUACACUUGGUGAACACCGCUUCCUUCCAACGGUAUCACACUUACAAAUCAGUCGAGGUGAAAUAGUUUUAGCCAUAAAGCUCGUACCAGGUGAGACAGGGAGUAAUCGGGGUGAAAUUCAUGUGUGGAUCAAAUCUGCCAGAGGUCUUAGUGCGUCUACUGACGGGAUGGCUCUAAAAAAGGAUAAUGUUGAUCCCUAUGUAAAAAUAUAUAUUUUGCCCGGCAAAGAAAAGUAUUCGAAACAGAAGACAAAGGUUGUCAGAAGGAAUAAUAAUCCAGAAUGGAACCAAGCUAUUAUAUACAGAGACAUUAUCCUUAAUUCUUUAAAUGAAAUCGGAAUAGAAAUUUCUGUUUGGGAUUACGAUCGAUUCUCAUCGAAUGAUUUUCUUGGAGGAUGUAGAAUCAACUGUGGAUCACAUAAUCAACCAUGGUUGGAUGCAGUGAAUGCUGAAAAAUCAGCCUGGUUGGCUAUGUGCGAAAGACCAAAUAUUUGGAUUGAAGCAACAAUACAAUUACGAUCCAGCUUAAACUGACCAAUCUUCAUACUUGAAGGCAAAAAUUCAGUGCUUCCAUUCUUUCAUCAAUUCCAGGAAAUUUUGAUCAAUUUCCAAUAUGAAUAAAAAUUAGUGGUAUUCACAUUGUUUGUGUAUCAGAACUAAAUACUUUCAUGGAUAUGAUUUCAUUAAGUCUGUUUUUUCAUAAUAUGCGCCUGAUGUUUUAAUGGUUGCAUUUUCAUAGAAAUACUUAAACUUUUGGUAAAUAUUUUCUUAUGCAAUAUUCUUACCUUUUCAGUCUUCUUUUUUCUUAAUAAUUACUAGUGUUAUUAUUAUUGUUAUUAUAGUAACACUAUCACCAUCAUUAUCUAGUUCAUUUUUCAAUAUAUUUUGUUACAAUGAAAAGAAUAUUACAUAUUUGUAAUUUACCGCUUUGUAAGGCUUACUGUCCUUUUUAUUCUAUUGUUUAUUAUAUUCAAUAACGCUAUGCAUGAAAACUAAUUAUAACAGUGUAAUCUUGUGUACAAUUUAUCAUAAAAUAUAAUUAAAAUUGGUUGC